GUGGACGCGCGCGAUCGCGAGGGACGGCGCGCGAUGCAUCACGCGAGCGCGCUCGGGUGCGUGGACGUCGUGGAGGCGCUGGCGCGGAGGCACGGCGCGGAGGUGGACGCGGAGGACGACGACGGGCGAGGCGCGCUGACGCACGCGGCGGCGAACGCGAGGGACGAAUGCGUCAAGUUUUUGAUCGAUACGUGCGACGCGUGGAUCGAUGCGAGCGAUUGUAACGAUGACACGGCGCUGACGGCGGCGUGUAGGCAAGGGGAGGCGUCGACGGUGGAGAUUUUGCUGGCGCGAGGGGCGGACGCGAGAGCGAGGAACGCGGACGGGUGCGACGCGUUCGCGGAGGCGUUGUGCGUCAGAGGGGACGUGGAGAUGGCGAGAUUAUUGAUACAGAGUGGGGUGAAUCCAAAGCGCAGUCGCGUGCGAUGUGGGGGGGACGGGGCGAACGCCUCGAGGUCGGCGCUGAACGCGGCGUGCGGGUUGGGUAAUCUGGAAGCGGCGAGAUUCUUAAUAGACGAGUGCGGCUUGGAUGCGGGCGGAUCCGAUUGCGCGGACAGCGAUUACAUGACUCCACUUAUGGCCGCCUCGUUGACGGCGCAGGUGGAGGUGAUUGAGUAUCUCUUGCUCAGCGGCGCGGCGGCGACGGCGCACUUGACGAGCGAGGACGACUUGACUGCGGCGGAUAUGUUUCCAAAGGAUCACGCGAGGCAGGACGUCAAACGUAAGCUUGAAGCGGUGGCAGUGAAAGCUUCGAAGUCUACAAAAGUUCGGAGCGUCGUAGCGGCGCCGCGCGCUGAAUUACCCACUAAGUGGGCGAAGAGUCAAAACUCGCGCGAGGGCUCGGAUCCACUCGAGGUACGUCUGCGUUCGUGGAUAGCGGCUGGCGUGGAAAAGUACGAGGGCGUGCCGCAGGAUGUGCGGUUAACGUUAGAGAAGCACGCCGUGUUGACGAAGGAAAUCGAGUUACGGACGUUUUUGCUCGGAAUGAUUGAAGACGAGAUGUUUCAGAGUGAUAUGCAAAUCAAACCGAUUCGUGAAGCCGUCCAUGACGUAAUCAGCAACUUUCACAACGUGACGAAGUACCGAGAUAACGCGCGCGUAAUGAAUGUACUCACGAAGUUUCGACAUGUGCAAAGAUUUUGCAAAGAUCGCGGCGAAAAGAUUACGUUCGACGACGUCUUGGCCGCGGACGAAGAAGAGGUGGAGCAGCACCGAGAGCGAUUAGCCGAACUCAAGGCGGCUGCGGGCGUACUUUGGGACGAAGCCUUGAUGGCUUUGAGAGCGUUUACGACCGGGGAGAAUAUAGCCAAGACAGUGAUGUCGCAAACACGCCCGUUCACGACUUGGGACAGGAUUACGAUGAAGCUUCUCGAUCUCUUUGAAAACGUCGCCGUUCACUCGAUUGCGUCCGUCGUCUUCGCCGUCAUGUUGUACUUGUUUUGGUCAUUCGGUGGCUUUCAGCGCACGGAAUUAGCGAGUUUCGCGACUUAG